UCCUCCGCCGCCCGCCAUUUUGUGCUGCCGAAGAGAGGAGAACCAAGGAAAUCCUUGCCAAGAGGUAGCCGAGAAGGAGGGGGCUGGAAGGAGGAGGAGAAAAGGGCAAAGACCCGACCGGGGGUUCGGCGACCAGGGGGCGGCCCGGAUGGUGAAAUCCUCCCUGCAGCGGAUCCUCAACAGUCAUUGCUUUGCCCGCGAGAAGGAAGGAAAUAAAAAGACCAGUAUCGUCAACAUGCCCACCCUGCCCACCAACGCCGCUUUGAGGAGUUCCAGGGUGUCUUUCAGUUGCUGUAGUAACCUGGGUCCAGGGCCUCGGUGGUGCUCCGAUGUCCCUCACCCACCCCUGAAGAUCCCAGGUGGGCGAGGGAAUAGUCGGAGGGAUCACAAUCUUUCAGCUAACUUAUUUUAUUCUGAUAAUCGGCUGAAUGUAACAGAAGAAAUAACAUCAAGUAACAGGACAAGAAUCCUGAACAUCCAAUCCAGGCUGACGGAAGCCAAACACAUCAGUUGGAGAACUGUGUUGAAUAACAGCAAUUUGUAUAUCGAACUUCCCAAUGGUUCUUUGCCGGAGGGGAGCAAAGACAGUUUUGCAGUUCUUCUUGAGUUUGCGGAAGAGCAGCUUCAAGUAGAGCAUGUGUUCAUUUGUUUCCACAAGAACAGAGAUGACCGAGCUUCGCUGCUCCGUACCUUCAGCUUCUUGGGCUUUGAGAUUGUGAGACCAGGUCAUCCCCUUGUCCCCAAGAGACCUGACGCUUGCUUUAUGGUGUACACCUUUGAACGAGACUCUUCUGAAGAAGACUAGAUUGCAGUGUUUGCCUUUUAGAGCUUGUUCCUUGUCAAAGAUGAAUCUGUAGGAAUUUUGUCAACAUCUUAUGCAUCAGCAUACAUGCACACACAUAAAAUGACUUGCUCUUUGUACGAAUUAUUGUGACAGCUGCUCUGGUGGUGGGAAAGAUGUUGAAAAUUUCCAACUUUUGUCAUCUUUUUUUUUCCCCUGGACUUGUCCGCAUGUUGUAAUUGUGCAAAAAUAAAUGCUCACUCCAAAUUAGCAGUAUAUUUCUUGGAAGUUUAAUAUUGUGUGUUUGUGAUACUGAAGUAUUCGCUUUAAUUCUAAAUAAAAGUUUAUAUUUUA